AAAAAUACCUACCUACCCUCCUAACAUUUUUGGCAGUGUUUCCUGAAUCGUACAUUAUUGUUUUAGCCUAUUUUCCUCUUGACCUUAAAGAAAUGUUUCUAUGAAUAUGAAGUACCUUUAUACUUAUUGCAUUAUUAAUUGUGGUUUAAAUUUACAUGUUUUGAUAAUUUCAGAAUGAAGACUAGAAAGACAAAGGAACAGAUUCUUCAAGGUUUGCUACAGGGAGACCCAAUUUUUUCGAGGAAGGCAAAAUGUGAGGAUGCUGAUAUAGGAUGGGGAUUAUUUACAGAUGUUUGUUUCAACAUUGGGGAGUAUAUUUGUGAAUAUAAGGGAGAAGUGAUUGACCACGAAGAAGCCAAUAGAAGAGGUCACACUGCCUACCAGUUCUCUUUUGAACAUCACGGACAGAUGCUAUGCAUUGAUGCAUAUCAUCAGUCAACUGCUGGCAUUGCCAGGUAUGCCAAUGACGAGUGGCAGAAACCGAAUUCGCGUGUGGUAAAAGAGGUUGUGAAUGGUGAACCACAUCUGUUCCUGAAGUGUAUUAGGCCAAUUACUGUGGGGAUGGAAAUAAGAUAUAACUACAACAACAAAGAUGCUUUUUGGAGAACUUCGAAAAAGGUGACGGUGAUGCCAUUCUUCCAGGUGACAGUGAUGUCAUUCCUCCACUUACUGGUAAAAGGAAACAAACAUCUGUAAAUACAGUCUGUGAAACAGCAUCUAUGGAGAACAUUCCCAUAAUGGAUAAAACUGUAGCUGACGUUAUAAUUGAAGUACAUGGUGAUGGUGAUGUCAAUCUUCCAGGUGACGGUGAUGUCAUUCUUUCACUUACUGACAAAAGGAAACGAACAUCUGUAAAUACAGUCUGUGGAACGGCAUCUAUGGAGAACAUUCCCAUAAUGGAUAAACCUGUAGCUGACGUUAUAAGUGAAGAACAUGGUGACGGUGAUGCCAUUCUUCCAUGUGACAGUGAUGUCAUUCCUCCACUUACCGGUAAAAGGAAACAAACAUCUGUAAAUACAGUCUGUGUAACAGCAUCUGUGGAGAGCAUUCCCAUAAUGGAUAAACCUGUAGCUGCCGUGAUAAGUGAAGUACAUUUGGACAGUUAUGCCAUUCUUCCAGGUGACAGUGAUGCCGUUCUUCCAGUAGACAGUGAUGUCAUUCUUCCACUUACUGGCAAAAGGAAACGAACAUCUGUAAAUACAGUCUGUGAAACAGCAUCUAUGGAGAACAUUCCCAUAAUGGAUAAACCUGUAGCUGACGUUAUAAGUGAAGUACAUGUGGACAGUGAUGCCAUUCUUCCAGGUGACAGUGAUGUCAUUUAUCCACCUACUGGUAAACGGAAACAAACAUCUGUAAAUACAGUCUGUGAAACAGCAUCUAUGGAGAUCAUUCCCAUAAUUGAUAAACCUGAAGCUGACGUUAUAAGUGAAGUGCAUG